UUUUACAGACUAGUGUGUCGAGCUCAGGGCAAUUAAUUGUAACUAUAGUUGUCUCCCUUCGACGUGUUUUAAAGAACAUGAAGUAGUUGUUUUUUUCUGACUACAUGAUUUGCCAGCGUUUGAGAUUGAGGUCCAACUGUGCUGCUGCUGCUGCCGCUCGUGCUGCUGCUGCAACUUUCCCCGUGUGUGAUGUUGGACAUGGGCGAAAGGAAAGAAGUGAAAAUGAUUCCCAAGUCGUCCUUCAGCAUAAACAGUUUAGUGCCCGAAGCAGUCCAAAGCGAUAACCAAUCUCUGCGAGUUUUGUCCGAGGAAGAGCCCAGCAAGGGUAUCGAACCCAAGACCGAUAGCUACGGAACGAAAAACGAAUGUGGCCCAGGUGAGCUCACCUCAACAGAGGAUAAAGAGAAGCAACAGCAGCUUGACGAUAAGAAGGUGGACAUCAAGGACGGGGAUGGGGGCAAAGAUGGGGACAAGAAGAACGGCAAGUAUGAGAAACCACCCUUCAGCUAUAAUGCCCUCAUUAUGAUGGCCAUCCGUCAAAGUCCCGAAAAACGGCUGACACUCAAUGGCAUUUACGAGUUUAUCAUGAAGAACUUCCCUUACUAUCGGGAAAAUAAACAAGGCUGGCAAAACUCCAUCCGGCAUAAUCUGAGUCUCAAUAAAUGUUUUGUAAAAGUACCACGGCACUAUGAUGACCCUGGCAAAGGAAACUACUGGAUGCUGGACCCUUCUAGUGAUGAUGUGUUUAUAGGUGGCACUACCGGCAAACUCCGCCGGCGAUCUACCACCUCUAGAGCCAAGUUAGCUUUUAAAAGGGGAGCUCGCCUCACUUCCACAGGACUGACUUUCAUGGAUAGGGCAGGGUCCCUCUACUGGCCCAUGUCUCCAUUUCUGUCACUACAUCACCCGCGAGCCAGCAGCACUCUCGGUUACAAUGGGACCACUUCCGCUUACCCCAGCCACCCCAUGUCUUACAGUUCAGUAUUGACUCAGAAUUCGUUGGGAAGCAAUCACUCUUUCUCCACCUCUAAUGGGUUAAGUGUUGACAGACUUGUGAACGGAGAGAUCCCUUAUGCUACUCAUCACCUCACAGCAGCUGCACUGGCUGCCUCGGUGCCAUGUGGCUUGUCAGUACCCUGCUCCGGCACCUACUCUUUAAACCCUUGUUCUGUCAACCUUCUAGCAGGACAAACAAGUUACUUUUUCCCUCACGUCCCUCACCCUUCAAUGACUUCGCAAACCAGCACUUCUAUGUCAGCCAGAGCUGCCUCCUCCACGUCUCCACAGGCACCUUCCACGCUUCCUUGUGAGUCCUUAAGACCCUCUUUGCCGAGUUUUACCACAGGACUUUCUGGAGGACUUUCUGAUUACUUCACACACCAGAAUCAGGGGUCUUCUUCCAACCCACUAAUACACUAACAAAACAUCCUUGGGAUACAGACUGAUUCAGUUUUAUGGUGCAAUGAAGAGUCCUGUUGCAGACUGGAAGAUGUCAUUUCUUACUCAAAGACUAGAAAGCUGCAAGUCUGUGUUGAUGCUGGCUGCAAGUAUAUCUAGCAUGGCAUACAGUGGAGACCAGCAGUACAGAAUCAGCAACAUCUGCAGAACUCUUAAUGGUCACAAAAGUACUGUUUCAUAGACAACCAUAACGGAGGUCACUGACAUGAUGUUGUCUGUUACAGAAGUACUAUAUACUAAGGCAGGUGUUAAGACACAAGUUAAGUUAUAAUUUCAAAUCUAUACUAAGAAAAAUGUUAUCACUCUGCAUACUGUCUUAGCACAGCAACAAUAUUUGACUGAAAUGGUUACCUGCUAAUACAGCUAUAGAAUGGAAAAUAUCUCAAUUAGAAUUUGGACUGUAUUUUACACAGAGCAGCUAAUUUACCACAUAAAACCUUUUUAUAUCAUUAAAACAUAAUAAUGACUCAGCAUUCUACCUUAACACUAUUAUUCAUCUUAUAUUUGUGUGGAAGAGGCUUUUUAAAGCAUUAUUUUGGAAGUAUUCAAGAAAGAAUAUAUGUAUGCCAGAUUAACUAGAAGACAAGAUCUCCAAACAAAUUCAUAGUAAUUUCAUGCUCUUUUUAUCUGACACCAGCAAAAACAAUCAUGUAAACAACACAAGUAUACCUGUAACAUUCCAAGCUUUUGAUUGGUUAACAUUGUUGAUAACCUCCUUCUGAUUCUUCAUAUUCCUGUUUCUACUUCCCUUUGGGGACUAUACCACUCUAGAGCAUUCUGAUAAAAAAAGACUCAAAUACUGCACUGAUACAGUGACAUUCCUACCUCUGUACAAAAAUUAUGAGGAACAAGUUAAUUAUAUUUAAUAACUGUGUGUAACAGAAUGAAAAAAGAAUACAAUGCAUGGAAAAGGGAACAAUGUAUUUUCCUUGACACCUUGCAUGAUAAUAGGAAUACUAUUACACCUAAAACAGUUCUUGUUCAGAACUUGAUAAAUACUUUAAUGGUGUACUUAAUUAAUUUCACAAGACAGAGUGUUUCAGCUCCAUGUUGCCAGAAUGGAGUUGAUCCAACAUUGGUAGGCUGCUUUUCUCAAAAGCAGUAAUUUCAUUUUAGAUGCCAGCAAACUAUUACACAUCACAUAUUACCCAAGAUGCAACAGUCUCAGAGUUGAUUAUUAAGCAACAGAGAUGUGGGGUGUAGCUCCACACAUGGGAAAGGUCUAACAAGAUUGCCUUAGAAGGGGAAAGUGUGUUAUUGGCUCUCUCUGAUACUAUUAUUUAUCAGGAUAACAUAAUUGCUGGACAAUCCCAACCCUCAUAAUGGGUUUUGGUUCAUAAUACUUCAUGGAGAAGUCUUAAAAUCAAUAGUUUAAAUUCAGAAUUAAAUGUCUGUGUUGGACAAAAUAUAGCGUUCUUCCUGAGGUAAUUUAAUAUACUGUCAUAUGAAUUUGUUCUGGUUCAUAAUGCUUCUGUCCUGCCAUUUCGUUGGUGUAAGCUUAACUGCUCUGUGGCAGGUAAAUUAUUUGAAACCUAAGCAACAUAUUGUCCCAUUAGUGGCCUCUUCCUUGCUUUCAAAGUUACCUGCAUCUAUUUAUGUUGCAGCUAUCCAUUUUGUGUGUAUAUGUACUGUUACAUUUGCUGUUUAUUUCUUUCUCAUUGGUGCAUUUAUCUUCUGUACUGUGAAUGAUGAAACUUUUUUCGUUUCUAUGAUUUUGUAUUUACUGUAUUUUAAUGUAUAUGCAUAGACUGUUUACACCAAUCUUUCCUCAUGUAGCUUGCUUGUUAUGAAGUACUGGAUAAAGUACUUGUUUUUUAA